CCUGUCAGUUGUUAACUUGUUAAUCGUAAACACGGCUAGGAGGGUGACAUGUGGGAAGUGCGGGUAGUGGUAGAUUGUUUGUUUGCGCAUACCGAGUGCUUACAUAUGUGGUAAAUGGAUUUAUGUGCAAUAGGGUGGCUGAUAUAACCAUGCCGUUUUCUGGUGUGAGUGAGUUUAUGAACGACGUGUGGAUUGUAGGACUGGGAAAUGAAGUGUUGUUGGCGUUGAUGAUUGUUGCCGUACCGUUAUUAGUUCUGUUUUUCCACUUAAUAACGACAGUUUCCAAGUGGAUAGCAUAUAUCUGGGAGAGAUUGCAGACCAGUGAUUCUGGUGAGGAAGAGCAAAGCCAGCAAGAAGAUGCUAUCGAAGACGUAGUAGAUCGUCCACUUCCUGAGCACAGCUGCUGUAUUUGUUUGGAACAACUUACUGUAGCAGUGGAGACAAACUGUGGACAUCAUUUUUGUGGGCACUGUCUGCUGCAAACUUUUCGCCAUAGGCCUCUAAUAGAAGUAAUCAAGCCAUGUCCAUUGUGUAGAGCAAAUGUGACAUUGAUUAUGACUCGAUUUACUCCAGAGGAAAGGCAGGCACAAGAUGGCACUGACCUAGCACAGAGACGUAUAGAAAUUCGGAACUUUGUUACAGCAUACAACAGGCAGUCAUAUGGAGUGCCAAGAUCGAUCCCAGAGUUUAUCAGAGAUAUUCCUUUUUUAAUCCGCAACUUCACAGCAGAUUUUUUUUCUGUGAGAGGGCUCUUCUAUCUCUUCCAGUUGCGAAUGGGUUUCUGCAUUAGUGUUGCAAUUGCAUACUUGUUGUCACCACUGGACAUAAUUCCUGAAUCUGUUUAUGGCAUUUUAGGUUUGGUUGAUGAUCUUUUUGUUUUUGUGUUAUUGUGUAUGUAUGUAAGUGUUGCAUAUCGUGGACUUGUUCUGAAUGAUCCAUUCCUGCCUCACAGAUACUAAUUGUAAUUCACUUACUAUUGCAUAUGAAGACUGUUACAGUAAGUGUUCUCUGUGUUCUGUUUACUGGCAUGAUUGAUUGUGAUACUAGGGACAGAGACUUGAAAUCUUCAUCUGACCAGUUUGUCAAAAUAUUAUUAUAGGUUUGCUCAAAAUAUAUGUAUAUAUUAUUUAUCCAUGCUAAACUGCAAAACUGUGAUAAAUUAAAGCUGAUAUACAUUGCAUCUAAAUAUUUUUAAUACAAAUUUACUGAAUAUAUCUUUAGUUAUACUUGAUCUCUCUCUCUCUCUCUCUCUCUCUCUCUCUCUCUCUCUCUUUUUUAUGUUAUGUUGAUGUUCAGCUCUCAGGAGUUUUGUCAUGUGGUCUUAUUGAAAUGACACUAUGUUUUGCUGUCAGAAUCUGCUCAUGUACUGAAGUAGUAGAGGUAAGAGGUUAAUCUUGUUGUAAUUCUCGCUUUCUUGACCUUGCAUCGUUUUAUUAUAACUGUGGACCAAGUUUCAGUGGGCAAGGUUUCUCUUGCUAUGUGUAACCAUUGAUUGAUUAAUGGUUGUUGACCUAUUGACAUAUGCAGUUAACAGUAUUGACAGUGAGCGAAUGUCAAAUGACGGAAUUCCUGCUCUACAGAUUCAUGCCUGUAGCACAUGACAGAUAGAAGUUGAAAUAUACAUGAACUGAGUAAUAGCUAAUCAGAGUGAAGAACUGUUGAAUUUAUUGGGCCACAGUGUACUACCUGUAUUGGUAAUACUUCUCCCCAAGUAUGGAAAAUUGGGACAGAAAGAGUGAUGAUGGAGAAACUGUUCGUGCAUUUGUAGUAACUGAUGAUACUGCAGAAUGCUUUAGAAAGAUUAAGAAGGUUACAGAGAGAACUCCUGAACGUUGUACUCUUGCAGAUUCAGAACAGAAAACGUAAAUUAUUCCUGCAUUAUGUAAUAUAAGAAAAAUAUAGCACUGUGAUAUUAUUUGGUUGAGGAUUUCCUGUUUACUAGAAGGAAAUAAAUAACGAUGAAUGAAAGAGUUUUAAGUGACUUACGUUGUUUGAUUUUUUUGCUUUGUGUGUGUUGUUAUGGAGUAGCUCCCAUGAUGAUAAAUUCAUUGACUGAAUAUGUCAGUAAAUAUUUGUCAGAGUUGUUUAGUAAACAGAGGUGCAUGAUCUGUUUUGUGAACCAAUUUAUUUAUUAUUUGUAACCAUAAAUUAAAUAAAUGAGAUACUGAAAA